GCCACGAACUGCGCGUGCCCUCGUGAUGCUUAUUGCCAGAACCCAGAACUGGCGAUGCAGCAUAUAUUCGUUCGGUUGCAACACCCACACCCAGGCUUGGCAAAGCAGUUUAUGCACGAAAUCCCACUCUCGGUUGCCAGCAUACUGAUAGUACGACUACUUAUUAAACUCGAUCAGCAAUGGCUGCGGGAAGAGAAAGGAACGCCAGCCAUCACCAACUCCCUUCCCCGAUUCCUAGGAGCACCUAUCCACGGGUAGUUGCAGCAGUAUCCUAGUACUCCUUCGGUACUUGCUACUCCCGGGUAUGAAUCGAGAAACGCAUCUCGGGGACGCCUCGCCCAAGCCAAAGAACCUCGACGGCGACGCGGCCGCCGUCCUCCCGGCGGCUGCGGCUUCCGUUGACGGAGGCGGCGGCGGAGGCCAUGGCGCGAGGAACAAGCUGUCCCUGGUCCCGCUCAUCUUCCUCAUCUUCUUCGAGGUCGCCGGCGGGCCCUACGGCGCCGAGCCGGCCGUGCAGUCGGCGGGGCCCCUGUUCGCGCUGCUGGGCUUCCUCAUCUUCCCCUUCAUCUGGGCCAUCCCGGAGGCCCUGGUCACGGCCGAGCUCUCCACGGCGAUGCCCGGGAACGGCGGCUUCGUGGUGUGGGCCGACCGCGCCUUCGGCCCAUUCUCGGGUUCCCUCAUGGGCACCUGGAAGUACGUCUCCGGGGCCAUCAACGGCGCCGCCUUCCCGGCGCUCUGCGCCGACUACCUGGCCCGCGUCAUCCCGGCCGUCGCCGACGGCGGCGCCCGGGUCGCCACCAUCGUCACCUUCAACGUCGCUCUCUCCUUCCUCAACUACACGGGCCUCAGCGUCGUGGGCUGGUCCGCCGUGGCGCUCGGGGUCGCCUCGCUCUCGCCCUUCCUGCUCAUGUCCGGCAUCGCGCUGCCCAAGAUCCGGCCGCACCGCUGGGGCGCCACGGCAGGGGAGAAGGACUGGAAGCUCUUCUUCAACACGCUCUUCUGGAACCUCAACUACUGGGACAGCGUCAGCACCAUGGCCGGCGAGGUGGAGCGGCCCGGCAAGACGUUCCCCACGGCGCUCAUGGCGUCCGUCGCCAUGACGUCGCUCGGCUACCUGCUUCCGCUCAUGGCCGCCACCGGCGCCAUCGACGCGCCGCCGGACCAAUGGGGGAACGGCUUCUUCGCCGACGCCGCAGGCAUCAUCGCGGGCGAUUGGCUCAAGUACUGGAUCGAGGUCGGCGCGGUGCUGUCCUCAAUCGGCCUCUACUCGGCUACACUGAGCAGCGCGGCGUUCCAGCUGCUGGGCAUGGCGGACCUGGGCCUCCUCCCCCGCGUGUUCGCGCUGCGCGCCCCGGUCUUCAACACGCCCUGGGUCAGCAUCGUGGUCACCAGCCUCAUCACCCUCGGCAUGUCAUUCCUCAGCUUCAACAACAUCGUGGCCGCGGCCAACUUCCUCUACAGCCUCGGCAUGCUCCUCGAGUUCGCCACCUUCGUCUGGCUCCGCAUCAAGCGGCCCGACAUGCCGCGCCCCUACCGCGUGCCGCUGCGCCUCCCGGGCACGGUGAUCCUCUGCCUCGUCCCCUCGGGGUUCCUCGUCUUCGUCAUGGCAAUCGCCGGGUGGAAGGUGUACGCCAUCAGCGCCAUUUUCACGGCGGCCGGAGUUGGGGUGUACUACCUCAUGAAGUUCUGCAAGGCAAGAGGGUUCCUCAAGUUCGGCACCGUCGACGGCGAGGAGAUGAUGUAUGAGCGUCACCACCAGGAGAGUAGGAACCCCAGUGUCUGAGGAUCCCUAUUGAUAUCCUCUUGGUACCAAGAUUAACAACUUUGAUUUGAUUUGGUGCCUGCAAUCCUGACAAGUGACAAGUUGUAUGUCUUCUUCUUUUUCAUGUGUGUGCAAAGGUGAUGAAACCAACAGUAGUGAAAUUGUUUCUCCUCAAGUGAACAACCCUUAGAAGUCACUUUUUAUUAGGAUGCUGGCCUCAAAAUCUGCCAAAAACAUUGUUUCACUGAAAGUCGCUUGGAAAAAACUAUGUACUACCUCA